GAGUUACAGAGGGUGGGAGAGAGACAGUUCUGACGAGGCUUGUUCCAGCUGCUCCUUCCUGGUCGCUGUCAGUAUUACAGCGGAGUUCAGAGCUACCGGAGGUCCCGUGGAUAAUUAGGCUACUCUACAGUCUGACCGAAAAAAAACGUCCAACUGACAGCCGCAGAAACUUCCCACCAUAUUCCUCUGUUUUCCCCAGGAGCUGGACACAAGCUAAUUGAGACGAUGCUUUUCUGUCUGCUGCCUUUCGCGGCUCUCAUGCUGCGCGCGGAGGGCAGGCGCGGGGGAACGGUGGUUGGUAACAAAAACAUUGGCCACGCGUUGGACAACGACAAAUGGCUCAGCACCGUGUCUCAGUACGACAAGGACAGAUAUUGGAACAAAUUCAGAGAUGAAGUUGAGGAUGACUACUUCAAAACCUAUGGUCCUGCCAAGCCAAUCAACCAAGAGACAGAGGCGAGGCCCAGCAGACAUGGGGAACCAGGAACCAAAGCCCACUCCAACCCAGGAAAGAGGAGAACAGAAGAGGCUCCGGACGCCACUAAAGACCCGUGUCUGAAGGUGCGCUGCCCUCCUCACAAGGUGUGUUUCAGCCACGACUACCAGACAGCCAUCUGCACCAACACCAACCACAAGCAGCCUAGACACAGUGUGAAACCCAGAAAAGAAAGAUUGGCCCACAAACACUGGGCAGGAGCAGGGGCCCAUGGGAAGUGUGGGACGUGCCCUGUCAUCCACCCCAGCCCCGUGUGCGGCUCUGACGGCCACACCUACUCCUCCAAGUGUAAGCUGGAGUUCCAGGCGUGCACAUCAGGGAAGAGCAUCGCUCUGAAGUGUGAGGGACCGUGCCCAUGUCUGCCUGGUCAGGAACUGGUCAAACCACACAGAGACAAGACAGAGAAGACCGUCUGCAGUGAUGGGGACCUGCAUAGCCUAGCAUCCAGACUGAAGGACUGGUUCGGAGUUCUCCACCUCGAUGCCAACCGAGACCUCAAAACCUCUGCCAACUCUGAUUCAGCGGCAGGACGUUUUGACACCAGUAUCCUGCCCAUCUGCAAGGACUCUCUGGGUUGGAUGUUCAACAAGCUGGACAUGAACUAUGACCUCCUGCUGGACCAAUCAGAGCUCAGUGCCAUCUACCUGGAUAAGUAUGAGCUGUGUAUGAAGCCCCUGUUCAACUCCUGCGACUCCUUCAAGGACGGGAAACUGUCCAACAACGAGUGGUGCUACUGCUUCCAGAAACCUGACGGUCUGCCCUGCCAGAAUGAGAUGAACAGGAUUCAGACUCAGGGUCGACGGAAGAGUCUCAUAGGGGCCUAUAUUCCACGCUGUUCUGAGGAGGGUUACUUUAAGUCAACCCAGUGUCAUGGCAGUACUGGACAGUGUUGGUGUGUGGACAAAUACGGCAACGAGAUCGCCGGCUCCAGAAAACAGGGCAACCCCACCUGUGAGGAGGACCAAGAGACCUCGGGGGAUUUUGGCAGCGGGGGUGGCGUCCUUCUCCUUGACGACCAGGAGGAGGAGGAGCCACCUCGGAGUGGGAGGAGCCGGCAGAAGCAGAGGCGGGGCCGGAUCCAUCCCAGAGGGGCCAUUGAGGAUGACGAGGACGAGGAAGAUGACAAAUAUGACGAGAUUGGCUACGUCUGGUAGCUCUGCCCCCACCUGCUCUUCCAUCAACCAACCAGGGACUCCCGUUAAUUCUGCACAGACCUGAAGCCAUUCCAGCGUCUCCUUCAUCCCGCCCCCUACCCCUCAGCAUCAGUCCAUGUCCAACUGACUUUUCCUUCCUCUUGUUCAUAACUUCAUUGAAGCUUUCUCUUCGUUAAUCCCGUCCUACUCAACCUUCACAUAAUGUGUCCACCUCCUACUCUCUUCAGAUAAUGGAGACCUAUUCAAUUCAAACAAAGACUCUUUUAUUAUGUUUCCCUCUGCUUAAACUGUCCCCAAACCCUUCCAUUUUUGACUGACACCGAUUGCUAUAGCCUCGUUCUCACUCUCUUGCUCUCUCAUCUCCCCUUUCUCUCUCUUUAUCUGCCUGUGUUUCUGAGAGUUUCGUGUCUGUCUUUGAGGCCAUAGACACAUUGGUGUAAAUACAUUCACAACAGGAAUAUGUUCCGUUCCCUGGCCCUUCUGUCAGAGGCUGUUCUCCUGUUUGUGUUCCACUCGCGUCCUCCCUCCUCAUGUUCUAGAAUACCAUAUUCUCGGGUUCCAGAAUACUCUAUAGGCUCUUUGCUUGAGAAUAUUGUUCUGGCUGUUAUUGAAUGUUCCAGGGUGUCCUAGAAUCAGCAAGAGUGAUUGUGUUUUUUUUUGCAUGUUCCCCUACUACGCCCCUGCUGAAGACAUGUUUGUGUAGCCAGAUAUGUAACCCAGAGUAUACACAUUUAGUUUGGUUUAUUUGGUGACAAUGCCCACAUUCGCUGCUGCAGCGCUCUCUUCUGUUGCUGUCUCAUUGCCGCGCAGACCUCCUCUAAUGUAGCUUUUAGAAGUUUAAAACGACGCUGUGAGCCACUAACUGAAUAGCAGCCUCUGUCUUCAGCUUGAAAGUUCAAAACAUAUAUAUUGUUUUUCCAUUCAUUUGAUUUUUUAUUUUUAUUUUUUUAAACAGUUUUGUACUUUGGUUCAGGUGAAGACGAGCGCUUUGUCUGUGGAAUUUCAGAUCAGAGAAAUCCCACAAAGUACCCAGGCGCCAUUACUCUAACCUUUUUCAAACCUCCACAAACCGGCCUGCAGCUUUUGAGACGGACACAAAUAUAUUUUUCUUUCAUUUUAACAGUUCGCUUUGAUUUUUUUUCUUACUAAAAGCAGCAGGAGUUUAAAAAUAAUGUUUUACCAUAAUAGUUCUGUUUGUCGUGGAGUUUUAUUUCUGUAGCCAUUGGUUUGUAAUGUUGACAUAAGAAGUGAAAUAUUCUAGCUGUAGUAUAGCUUCUAUUCUAAAUGACUUCCUGCUUUAUUUCAGAAUAUUUCGGGUUGCAGUCAAGUGAGGUCAGCUAUCGUAAUGUAUCUACCCCACAAACCCAGAUGAGAUAGGCGUAACCCAUAAGAUGGGCUUAUGAACAGUUAUAAGCGUUACACUGGUACAGUAUAAGCACACACACACAAUGCUUAGUGACAUUUCACUUUGAUAAUGACAGGCCUUGGAUGGUUGGACGCAUAUAUUCACAGGUCUGAGCCGGGCAUUAUAUGCUUCAUUGGGCUUGUGAUGCAGCGUAACGAUACAUUGCUUUUGCGUGCUUCGGCCAGUGGGAAGCGAUCUUGAACAGAUUUUUUAUUCACGUGUGAGAGUCUGUUGUGAUUGACACUUUGGUCCAUUUAGCACAAACAACAGCUCUACAGAAUAGACGGCUGAGCUCUUCUACUUUUCAGCAACACGGAUGUUUUCCAAGUGUAGUUCCAGGCAGGCACGCAGCUAAUUAGAAAAUAGCCUAUCACGACCAAACCCUGCUUGCUCACUUUACAGAUCUCACGCUCUCGCUCUCUUCCUCUGCUACCUCUCUCACAGCCUUUCACUCCCCCCUCCCUCUCUCUCUCUCUCUCUCUCUCGCACAUCUUUACUUUCUGUCACUCGCUUAUUUUCCCUCUUUCUCUCCCUCUCUCUCCCCUCCUCUCGCUCCCUCUCCCCUCUCUCUCGCUCCCUCUCCCCUCUCCCCUCUCUCUCGCUCCCUCUCCCCUCUCUCUCGCUCCCUCUCCCCGCUCUGUUUUUCACGCUGGUGGAAUGCAUGAGUGAGUUUUACAGCCGUGGCGCUCCUCUCAUUCAUCUAAUUUCCCUUAUUUUGGUUUUUAUAGUUCGGAGUCGACACCCGUAGAGUCGGCCUUUCAUCUCAUUCUUCUCCCAGAGGAGCCUGGGAAAUCUGGGGACAGGAAGAGGAACUCAGGGGAUGAAAGUGAUGCUUUUGGGUUCGGGGCUUUUUUUCCCUCCUUCCCUCAAAUCUCUCUCCCUUUCUCUAAUCCCCAUCCUCCAUUUUUUGGUCUCUGUCCUUAUUGCGCUUCCUUUUCUACCUUCUUCAGUCCACUCCUUAUCCCCUUCUCUCAUGCCCAUGCUCAUAUACAGUAUAUCUGUGUAUUUACUAAAAACUGAUGGGGGAUUUCUCCCUCUGUCCAUUAAUCAAUCGGUUGGUCCUUUCAGAUCACAACAUUAACUCAUCUAGUCACAACUGAUCACUGCAUCACAGUGACCUCUGACCCUGAUAUUGAUUGGUUGUUUGUUUAUCACGUCAAUAGCAUGCAUGAUGACCCUUUUGUGUUUUGUCCCUUUGCAUCUUCAACUCUUAUCUCUCUGUGUGUAUAUCAGCCAGAGAGACAGUAAACCUCCCGCUAACACAAUACACAUGCACGCACACGCGAACACACACACACACACACACACAGACUGUAACAUACUUGUAACAUGUGUGUAUUAAGUCAUCUCUUGCUGUAGCAGUGUAAGGCCUCUUCUUUUGAUUCUGCAAUCAACCUGCACUUGACCUUUGCCCUCUCAUGAUGUCAUAACUGACCCUUGCCCUGUCCUGAUGUCACUGCUGUCCCUCGCUUGCCUGGCCUGCUUGUGUACAUAGCUGAGUAACCCUCCCUCUGUUUGGCCCUAGUCACUCAAACGUCUACAGAAGCGGAAUUACAUGCAAUCCCAAGGUCCUUUGCUGUUGCUGAAAUGUCCUCAGAUACACACACGCACAUGCUCUCCCCUACGUAUUUAUUUGGACAGUGAAGCUAAAAUGUUUAAUUUGGCUCAAUACUCCAGCUAUUUGGAUUUGACAUGAAAUGUUUUAUAUGUGGCGACAGUACAAAAUGUCAGCUUUUAUUUUAGGCUAUUUUCAUCCAUAUCUAUUUUACUGUUCAGAAAUGGAAGUAUGCUAUGUAUAUAGUCCCCCCAUUUGAAAAUGUCAUAAGUAUUUGGACAAAUUCACUUAUAGUGUAUGAGAUUUAGUCAAAAGUUUUGUAUUCGGUCCCAUGUUCCUGGCACUCAAGCUUGUGACUCCCCAGGUUUGUUGGAUGCAUUUGCGGUUUUCUUUGGUUGUGUUUCGUGUUAUGUUGUGCCCAAUAGAAAUGAAUGGUAAAUAAUGUAUUGUGUCAUUUUGGAGUCACUUUUAUUGUAAAUAAGAAGAGAAUAUGUUUCUAUACGCUUCUACAUUAACGUGGAGGCUACCAUGAUUACGUAUAAUCAUGAAUUAAUCAUGAAUAAUGAUGAGUGAGAAAGUUACAUAGGUGUAAAUAUCAUCCCCCCCCCCCCCUCCAAAUUUUUUUAACGUCCCCUGUUAUUAGUAAUGGAGGAUAGCAUGUGUUGGGGGUAUAAUCUUUGUGCAUCUCAAGCUUUCUCACUCAUCAUUAUUCCCGUUGAAUUUGUCCAAAUACUUAUGACACUUUCAAAUGGGGGGACUAUAUACAUAAAGUGUGUUCAUUUUUAAACAGUAAAACUGAUAUGUAUGAAAAUACCGCCAAAUAAAAUGUCAUCCUGUAAUGUCGCUGCAUAUAACACAUUUGAUUUGAAAUCCAAAAUGAUGGAAUUGUCCAAAUAAAUACGUAGUGGAGUGUACACACACACACACACACACACACACACACACACACACACACACACACACACACACACACACACACACACACACACACACACACACACACACACACACACACACACACACGAUCUAGUUCAAACACACACAUAAAUGGCCAUGUUUGCAAAAGUCUUCUUUGUUAAUUCUAUAUAUUUUUUACUUUGUAAAGAGAAAAAAUGACUAAUGUUAAAGGGUAAUAUAUUGCCGUGUGAAGGCACUGUGGCUUUGUCCAGUUGCAGACUGAGGUGUGUAAAUCGAUUGUCCUUAAUGUAGCUAGACUCCAGAAGCUCUUUCCAUAGAAGCAUAGUGCAGUGAGUUUUAGAGUGUCUUAUUUUCCCCCUUCUGAAGUUAUAAUGGAAUGUUGAUGUUAUGGGCUGAAAAUACCUUUAUUUUAUUGUAACAGUUCCACAAUGUUUGUCUGAAUAAAUUUAAGUCUGUCCUGUCCUGUA